AUGGGCCGGGAAGAUAAUGGUAGUCAAGGAUCAAGGACCCAAUUAGAUUUUCCAUCAUCAGUUGAUUUGCGAUCCGAAUUUGCAUCAACCUCUCUCGCCACCGGAAGAGUCACCAGGUUUCUCGCCACCCACCACCGUCACCCCUGCCCCGACACUGUUGACUACCACCGUGACACCUCUGUCGCUGACGUUGAGUUCGAGUUUCUCCACGAUGGAGAAAUGUUAGCUCAGAGUGCUAGCAGCGACGAGUCAUGUGAUCAUCAUUCCAAUGAAAUGGAGUUCGAUGAAGACGAGGUAGACAAGGAUACCAUCCAGGAGAAUAGAAGAUUUUGGGACAACCAACACCAGCUUUUGCAGGCCACUCUAUGCAGAACUAGUUCUUUGGAGUCAAGGAUAAGACAUGCAACCAAAGAAGCGCUUCAGGAAAUAGAAAGUGUUGAAACCGCGUGUGGUUGCGGCAGACAGAUACCUGCCACUACUUGCCGAAACUGUUUGAUGAGAGAAGUUUCCAGGCACCUUCAGAAAGCAGGAUAUAAUAGUGCUAUUUGCAAAACUAAAUGGAGAAGCUCACCGGAUAUUCCCUCUGGGGAACACAAUUUUUUGGAUGUGAUAGAGAGGACAAAAAGGGGGGAGGUGAGGGUGAUAGUGGAGGUGAAUUUCCGAGGAGAGUUUGAGAUGGCGAGGGGAAGUGAGGAUUACAAUCAACUCGUUGGGAGGCUGCCAGAGGUGUUUGUGGGGAAGGUGGAGAGGUUGAGCAACGUAAUAAAGAUAGUGUGUAUGGCAGGGAAAAGGUGCAUGAAGGAAAAGAAAAUGCACAUGGGACCAUGGAGGAAGCAUAGGUACAUGCAGGCUAAGUGGUUAGGUCCAUGUGAAAGGGACACUUGCACAACCUCUUUGUCAAUGAUGCCAAUGCCAAUGACAAAGCCAAGGCCAAGGGCAUCCAUGUUGACCGUUGAUCUGCUAGACAAGCUUCCCAAUAUGCAUUGCACACCAGUUGAGGUUGUGUAAUUGUGUGUGUGAGAGAGAAGCAUAGUUUUUUUUUGGCCCUAUUUUGUUUUGGUUUAAUUUCCCACCUGGUGAAUAGUAAAUGAGUGAUUCGCAAAUGUCCCAUAUACGUGCACGUAAAAAUAAAAUUGUGGAAAUUAUAUGAGGGUGCAGUUCAAAGAUGCUCUUAAUGUU